AGAGGGGGAAGAAAAAAGAAACAUUUGAAAAGAAAAGUUUGGAACCCUAACCCUUAAUCCGUAGAAAUUGCGUUAACCCUCGAUCAAUACAAAAAUUCAAUCUUUCUCUACAUUCAAUUCAUCCAUUUCCCAGCAAUCUAUCGAAAAAGUUCAAUUUCGUAUUUUCAGUAUCAAUUCGAGUUACUUUUCUGAAUUUGGGGAGCAAAUAAGUAGAGUGAGAGGAAAGAGAUUGAAGAAAUAUUUCGACAAAUCUUCCACAAAAUUGAAGAGUUGAAUAUUUAGAGCUGCAAAUCACAUAAGACAUAUAGGAGUAAUUAUAUAAAGAGAUUCAAAACAUGAGCAUUGUGCCCAAGGAAACAAUUGAGGUCAUAGCACAAAGUGUAGGGAUCAAUAAUCUCUCUCUAGAUGGUGCACUUACUCUUGCCCCUGACGUUGAAUACCGUAUGCGUGAGCUAAUGCAGGAAGCUAUCAAAUGUAUGCGUCAUUCAAGGAGAACUAUUUUGACAACAGAUGAUGUGGAUACUGCCCUCAGCAUAAGAAAUGUUGAGCCAGUUUACGGCUUUGCUUCCGGAGAUCUUUUACGGUUUAAAAGAGCUGUAGGACACAUGGAUUUAUUUUACGUCGAGGACAAAGAUGUGGACUUCAAAGAUAUAAUUGAAGCUCCUUUACCAAAAGCACCACUUGAUACCUCAAUCAUGUGCCAUUGGCUAGCCAUUGAAGGGGUGCAACCUGCAAUUCCAGAAAAUGCUCCAGUUGAAAUAAUUGCUGUCCCCGAUGGAAAAAGGUCCGAAAGUAAGGAUGAUGGUCUUCCCAUUGACAUCAAAUUACCAGUUCAGCAUGUACUAUCUAGAGAGCUUCAGCUAUACUUUGACAAGAUCACAGAGCUCACUAUAAGAGGUUCUGAAACUGUUCUUUUCAAAGAAGCAUUGGUUAGUUUGGCAACUGAUGCUGGGCUUCAUCCCUUAGUUCCUUAUUUUACGUGUUUCAUAGCUGAUGAGGUUGCUCGUGGUCUAGGUGAUUUUAGUCUGCUGUUUGCUUUGAUGCGUCUUGUGAGAAGUCUUCUGAAAAAUCCUCACAUACAAAUAGAGCCUUAUCUACACCAGUUGAUGCCCCCUGUGGUUUCGUGUUUAGUGGCAAGAAGAUUAGGCAACAGAUUGGCUGACAACCAUUGGGAGCUGAGGGAUUUCGCAGCAAAACUAGUUGCUUCAAUUUGCAAAAGAUUUGGGCAUGCUUACAGCAAUCUUCAGCCACGCUUAACAAGAACAUUAAUAAAUGCAUUUUUGGAUCCGAAACGAGCCAUCCCUCAACACUAUGGUGCAAUUCAAGGAUUAGCUGCCCUUGGGCCCAAUGUGGUACGCCAUCUUAUUCUGCCGAAUCUUGAACCAUAUAUGCAACUUCUUGAAUCUGAAAUGCUUCUUGAGCGUCAAAAGAAUGAGAUGAAGAGGCAUGAGGCUUGGAGAGUUUAUGGAGCAUUGUUGCAUGCAGCUGGUCAAUGUAUCUAUGGUAUACUCAAAAUGUUCCCUACUUUGCCGUCUCCACCAUGCCAUGAAGUUUGGGGCAAGAAUAAAAAAGUUAAUACAUUGGCACCUGGUAAACGCAAGGCAAGCAUCAUAGAACACACAGAAGAACCACCUCUCAAGAAAGUGGCCACUGAUGGCCCUUUACUGGACAACAACACUUCACCUUCUGUCAAAGAAAACGAGGUAGAAAUAGCUGCUGCAUCUUCUAGUGGUCCCUCAGAUACACCAUCAACCUCCAAGCAGAUGAAUGCUUCCCAGAAUGUCGACAGCAGAAAUGACAGUGAUAAAAGGGAUGAACAGUUUCUGAAGUUGUCAGCUGUUCUGAAUCAGGUUUGGAAGGAUGACUUGAAAUCUGGGCAGGUUCUUGUAUCGAUGCUUGAGCGAUUUGGUGAGAGCAUCUUCCCCUUCAUUCCCACACCUGAGUUAUCGUUGUUCUUGUGAUAUUUUGUAGAAUUUCGAGCUCUUUAUGUACAUAUGCUUGACUCAAGGGUGGCAUUCUGACUCCCCUAGAAAGCUUUGUGCUAAAGCUAGUAAAAACAGGGUAAAGGGGGAACCAGCCUAUGAUGGCUUGGUAUGAUGAGUUUACUGUGAGAGAGUUUAUCUUCCAUUAAAUGUUGAGAGAAGAUGAAUAUUUCUGGGUGGUUUUAGGAGGUAGAUCAGAAAUGUUACUUAUAAUUGACUCCAUGUUUUUGCAUCUGGAUGUCAAUCUUUUAUCUAAUUCUUUGAUUACUGCUUA